AUGGCUAUUGAAGCAGCCAUUUGGCUUGCGGUAACAAACCUACAUAAUGCAUGGACAUAUUCUACUUUGCCAAUUGGUCCUAUAGCCGAUACAGCAUGGAGACUGUUCAUGGAUAAGCUACGAGAUUAUCUGCAAAUCUUAGAAGGUUCAGAGGAUGAAAAAGGAAGGGCUCUCAUAGUUGAUGAUGGGAAGAUCAAGCCUCUGCAAGCAGUCUAUCUGGCAGAGGACGCCAUACACACCUUCCUCCUAAGUACAAAUUUGCAGAAACAGAAAGUUUUUAUUAAGUUUCCUUCUUUCUUGAGGUCAUCCAAAGUGCAAUUUCGUUUCAGCAACGAGAUGAAAAAAUGUUUGGAUCAGCUGGCCGACUCGGUGCCUGUCGAGUUGCGCAAAAGAGCUUCUGAUGAAAACCCUGAACACAUUCUCAAAAGGUUGAUGCUCCACUAUGAUAUUAGCAUAAAAUAUUGUGAAGUUUUGGAUGAAAAGCUGCUUACAAUUACUGCUUUUCAUCAGAUAAAUAAUGAAGAAGAUAUUGUUGAUUUCGAUUCUGAAGUUUCAGAAUUAUGUAGAUUAAUUUUGACUAGUGAGAAGCUUCUGAUAUCGGUGGUGGGUGUGGCAGGCUCUGGCAAGACAACUCUAGCGAAAAGAGUUUAUAACCAUUCAGAGAUAAAGAAAAUUUUCCACAACCGUGCUUGGGUUUGUGUUUCUCUGGAUUUUAAAGAGAAAAAUAUUUUAGUUCAGCCAUUGAAGCAGGUGACAGAGGUUAGAGAUGAAGAGAAAUUGCCACUGGAGAAAUUGCAAGAGAAGCUUCGUAAUUUAUUAAACAGGCAGAGGUACUUAAUUAUCUUGGAUGAUGUCCAUGCACCUGCUAUAUGGGAGAAACUCCAAGUGGUCUUUCCAAACUUAUCGAAUGGCAGCAGGGUGAUCCUAACUAUACGUGAACCUGAUGUAGCCAACCAUAUUGAUCCAGCCAUUCCUCUUCUCCACGUAUGUCUACUAACCGAGGAUGAGAGUUGGAGUUUAUUCUUGAAAAUGGUCAGAAGAGACCCCAGAAGCUCAGUGUUUUCUGAUCAGGGACAGAUUCGGGAGAAAAUCUUGCAAAAAUGUGGAGGUCUGCCUAUUGCAAUAUGUUUCUUGGCUGGCUUUUUGUCUAGCAUAAAAUUUAGCAUUGAUGCUUGGUUAGGGGUGAUUGAGGAUUCAGAGCAAAAGGAAAAUGAAGAAGAAAGAGAGGUUAGUGAUGAUAGCAGGGGAAUAAAAAAAAUUGCUGGUGGAAUAAGUGGUGAAUAG